AUGCUCCAGUCCAACACCACGGACUCUCUGCCCAGAGGAGUUCCUCUCUCGGUGAACUUCAACAGUCCCGGGGAUUAUUUCAUCUUCAUUUUCCACAUUGUAUUCGCCACUGCCACAGUUCUGGUCGCCGGCUCUGUAGCUGUGAGCAUCGCGGCCACCAAAGCGCUGCGCCUCCAGAACAGGUUCAUCUUCAUGCUCAACACCAGCAUCUGUGACACACUGGUGGGCUUUUCAGUCUAUUACCUCGGUCUGUUCGAUGUUCAGGAGGGAUAUCCGUCCAGGAAUGGAACAUUUAACGUUCUGCCUUCACUCCUGGGGAUCAACAUACUGACUUUCCUCUUCGCCCAGUUUGACAGAUACUUUGCGGUGUGCCAUCCGUUCUUCUACAGCCGCUUCGUCACCAGACAGGUGGUGAUAGGCAUCAACAUCUACUGCUGGCUUUACAACUGCUGUCAUUUACUCGCUAGAAAUUUGUUGCCAAUCUCUAAAGCCAUCCAACUCUUUACGUUCAGCAUCGUGGUGUUUCAGCUGGUCGUGUUCACCAAAGUGGUCAUGACCAUCCAACUGUAUGUGGUGGCCAGACUCCAGCUCAGCAGAGACCCUCCGAGCGCAGAGAGAGACACUAAAAAGGAGUCACUGAGGAUCAUCAUCUUCGUCGUCAUAAAUUUCCUGUUGUUGUGGUGUCCCUCUUUUGUCAAUAUUAUUCUGAGGUUUGCGGUAGGAAGAGGGCUGACGUUCAGAAACGAAGCCACCAAUGCGUUUGCGAUCAUGGCUCGACUCAACGCGCUGUGUACUCCGUCCGUGUACAUCUGGGGGAGUCCGGCCCUGAGAGAGGCCACGAUCAGGACCGUGUGGGGCCGAGUGUGUCCGAGAUGCACCCGGAGGGUUGGAUCCUGCACUGGGAGGAGAGACAAUAAAAAGUCGUGGCAGUAACAACAGGACUCUAUCUCUCAGGGAUUUCACAGUUUUGUCACCACCCUGGACCAACUCCAGCUACACCCACUGGUUUUUAAUUUAAUCUAUAGCAAAUUUUGGUCCA